CAUUUUGUGGAAAUUAUUCUAAAUCUAUAAUUGAAGCCGGGAACUGACAUUUUAGGAUUUUGUCUUCCGGUCAUGAGGAUGUUGUACCAGAAAGAGACAAACACGUUUGCGUCUUUCCACAAUGUCAACAUUUAUUGAAUAGAAAGUAAAAAGGUGUCAUGCUUUCGGUGGUAAUCUGGCCGAGGCUAAGAUAGGUUCUAUUUUUCCAAAUCCUUAUUACUAAUAUUUCUUCAUAUCACAUGGCAAAUAUAUAGUUAUAUGCACACAUGCUGUUUAUAGAAUCAACGUAAGUUACGGAGGCUGCAGCAGAGUUUAGAGGGUCCUAGAAGUUGGCUGAGAGAAAAGCAAGCAGUGCUUCAGUUGAUGAGAUAAAUUUGGACACAAGACCAGUGAGCCGCAGGGAGGGAGCUUUGAACGAAGCCUGGGGCCAUCAGGUUUGAAAGUGUCUAUAGUGAUCUAACAGUGAUAGGAAAGGCUGACGGAGAUGAGAUCCUGAUGAACAGAUAGGGACCCAGUGGAAGCUGCAGGGGACAGUCAGGCGUCCUUACUAGAUCCUUGGCUCACACAGCGCAUCAGAUUAUAGAUUGGUUUCAGGCUGUACCAUCCUAGUGCUAGGUGUCUGUUUCUUUCUGAGGCUCGGCAAGGAAGUUGCAUCCUUUUGUAUCCUAUGUAUGGUGUUUUGCUUGCAUAUGUCUGUGCACCACUCGUAUGCGUAGUGCCUGCAGAGGUUAGCCGAGGACAUCAGAUCUCCUGAAAUUACAGUUACACAUAGUUGUAAAAGUGUCAAGGUCCUCUGAAAUAGCAUCUGUGUUUUUUUUUUUUUUUUAGAUUUAUUUAUUUAUUAUCUAUAAGUACACAGUUGCUGUUUUCAGACACACCAGAAGAGGGUAUCAAAUCUCAUUACAGAUGGUUGCUGGGACUGAACUCAGGACCUCUGGAAGAGCAGUCAGUGCUCCUUUUUUUUUUUUUUUUUUUUUUUUUUUUUUUUGGUUCUUUUUUUUUCGGAGCUGGGGAUCGAACCCAGGGCCUUGUGCUUCCUAGGCAAGCACUCUACCACUGAGCUAAAUCCCCAACCCACAGUCAGUGCUCUUAACCAUUAAACUACACCACCUCUUUAACCUUACUUUUCUUUGAACUAGCAUGUGCUUUUAGGAUAGAACUUGUGUAGGCAAGGUGCUGGAAUUUCAGAUAUAAUUUCAUGUGAGAGGCAUGCACCCUAACACCUACCUGAAGUUCUAUUUUUCUUUAACACUUUCACACAUGUAUAAAGAAUGUUCUGACGAUGGUAGUGUCCUGCCCUCUAGUUUCCCUCUUAUCCUCUUUGUCCUCUCUUGCUUACAGUUCCCUGUGAACUGUCCAUGUUUCCUGCCCCCUCCGUGUCCUUUUUGGUUUUGAGAUGCACUGUUUUAACCAGGAUCACCCGUGUGACCGCAGGUUCCAUCCAUUUGAGCAUCUCAGUGGAUACACAGUUGAAGACCGUGACUUUCCCUAGAGUCCCUCAGUAUCUGAAUCAUAAUCGACCAUUGAUGGGUCCAGUCUUGUGUCAGGUCCAUUGCCGAAAUCCAGAGCUGUUGUCGAGUGAAGUCAUGAACAGCAUUAGCUUGCAAUGCUGAAAAGUCAACAUCUUACAUCCCAUCUCACUGUCUUCUGGGCCUGACAGUCUCUAUGCCCCACCUUUCUCAGUGACCUCAGCGCCUCGGAAGUGGUGGUUUAAAUGUCCUGUUUCUGAUUGAGCCCUCAGGAGUCAGCUUACUUGAGUAGCCUGGAAUCUCUGCAUUCACUGCAGAGACCGUGAGGAGCAGCUGUCUGUGGGUAUAAACAAUACUUAGAAGGUAACUGGAGGGGUUGGGGAUUUAGCUCAGUGGUAGAGCGCUUGCUAGGCAAGCCCUGGGUUUGGUCCUCAGCUCCGAUUUAAAAAAAAAAAAAAAAAAGAAGAAGAAGAAGAAGGUAACUGGGAGCCAGGACAAUUUACCUAAACAGUAGUGUGAAGUUCGCCCCUCUAGCCACAGACAUGGGUUUUGGGCUUGGUUUAGUAUUCCAGGCAUGGAUUCUCUGAAGGAGUGAGCCUCAAGUUCAGUUAGAGAGACGUCUGGUGUCCUCCUCAGAACAGCUACACCACUAUUGCACAGGUGGACAUACCUGGUGUCUUCAGUAAUAACAGCCAACUCUGGAGGGCAACUGAGAAGAGCACAAGAGCCUAUGGGGUCUCCCUGACCAAUGGCUAAUAAGGAGGAAAUUUCAGGGAGGAUUAACUGAGGUGAGAAGACCCCCGUCGUCUUACAGUAGGUGGCACUUUGAGAAGGAAGUCCACAGAAGGAGCAGUGUUUGUUCCUGCUUGCCUUCACUUCUUGCUGGUGAGUGCAUCUGCCCCAUUGCCACUGCUGCUGCCACCCUUCCCUGACAUUGGAGCCAGUGUCUUGGGCCUCCAGUGUGGACUGAAGACCACUGAAGAAGCUUCCGGGCGUCUUCUGAGCCCCUAGUGCCAGAUUGGAGCUCCCGAGGCUUCCAGCCCUGUGGACGGAACCUCUCCAUCAUGGAUACCCCCAUUGUUGGACUAUCCAGUCCUGAUCAGGGUUUGGUGAGCUUUGAGGAUCUGGUGGUGCACUUCACUCAGGACGAGUGGGAUUUGCUGGAAGCUUCUCAGAAGAGUCUCUAUGGAGAUGUGAUGCUGGAGACCUUCAGGAACCUCACUGCCGUAGGUUAUGAAUGGGAAGACGAGGCAAUUGAAGACCAUUGCGAAGAGCCUGAAGUAAAUCUAAGGGACAUCGUCUCUCACUCUGAGUACACACAUGAGUAUGAACACAAGGAAUAUGAAGAGAAGCCGCCUGAUGCUAAUUUUCUCACAAGUGUUGAAGGAUGCGUGGAAACGAAGACUUCUAGUGGACCUUCUGUGUGUGAGGUGUGUUUAAAGACCUUUGGACUGUAUCACCUAACCUACAACGGACAUCACAACUAUGACUACAAGGAACUCAGAGGAAGCCAGACUGAGGAAAAUGAUUGUGAAGGUAAUUCAUGUGAUAAAACUUCCGGUUCCCUUCAAAAAGAAGACAAAAUUCAUACUGGGAAAAAGCUCUAUGUGUGUCAAGAGUGUGGCAAAGCGUUUAGGUAUCCCAGCGCCCUCCAGUUACAUGAGAGAAUCCACACUGGAGAAAAGCCCUACGAGUGUAAAGACUGCGGGAAAGCCUUCAGGGGUCUCAGCGCCCUCCACUUACACGAAAGAAUCCACACUGGAGAGAAGCCCUACGAGUGUAAGCAGUGUGGGAGAGCCUUCACGUACCUUAGUGCCCUUCAGCUGCAUGAAAGAAUUCACACUGAGGAAAGACCCUGCGAGUGUAAGCAGUGUGGUAAAACCUUUAGAUAUAGCAGGGCCCUCAAAUUACAUGAGAGAAUCCAUACCGGAGAAAAGCCCUAUGAGUGUAAACAGUGUGGGAAAUUUUUCAGAAGUCACAGGACCCUUAAGUUACAUAAAAGGAUUCACACUGGAGAAAAACCCUACGAGUGUAAAGAAUGUGGGAAGGCCUUCAGAUGGCUUACUUCUCUGAAGUUACAUGAAAAGAUUCACACUGGAGAGAAACCUUAUGAGUGCCAAGAGUGUGGGAAGGCGUUCCGGUGUCAGGCUUCCUAUCACAGACAUAAAAUAACUCAUGGAGGAGAAACAUUGUAUGAAUGUAAGGAGUGUGGUAAGUCCUUCAUCUAUCCCUCUUUACUUCAAGUGCAUGAGAGAACUCACACUGGUGAGAAACCCUUCGAGUGUAAGCUCUGUGGUAAAGCCUUUAGGUGUCAGUCCUCGCUUCGACUGCACGAGAGAACACACACGGGAGAAAAGCCCUAUGAGUGUAAGCACUGUGGCAAAGCCUUUUCAAGUUAUAAUUACCUUCGAUUUCACGAACGAAGCCACACUGGAGAGAAACCCUACGAAUGUAAGGAGUGUGGUAAAACCUUCACACAUCGCUCUUACCUUCGAUCACACGAAAGAAGACAUACUGGGGAGAAACCGUACCAGUGCAUUCAGUGUGGCCGAUCCUUCAGCCGGCAUAGUUCCUUUAAGAGACACCAGUCUGUUCAUGGAGAAAGCCCGUAUGAACAGUAUCUAAUUCCAUUAUCCCCAUUUUCUUCAAAGGAGUGAAAGGACAGAUUGGCAACAAACCCAUUGAAUGUAAACAAUGUAGCAAAAUAUCCCCAUUCUCAUAAACACAUGCAAGAACUCAAGACAAGGACGAACCUUUCCUAUGUAAACUGUGUGGCAUCGCUUUCAGGGGUCACAGUGUCCUUCAGAGAAGGAAUUCUUGCUGGGCAAAGUUUAUGCUUGUUACCAAUGUGGUAAGUGUCUUGUCAUACUUCCUUUCAGAGAAGUAAGUUAAUUUAUGCUGGGCAAAUGCCCUAUGAAUGUACAAGAUAUGGUUACUCUUUCAUUUAUCUCUGUUUGCCUUAAAAUCAUGAAAGAACUCAUAGUGGUUUAAAAACAAACCCACACGAAUAUAAAGAAUGCGGAAAAGCCUUCAGGUGUCACAGGCCCUUCACUAGCGUGAAUGAAAUGUCAUGUUGGACAGAAAAUUCGAAUGUUAAGAUGUGUUAAAGCCUUUAGAUCACAUUGGUCCCUUAGAUUCCAGGAAUGAAUUCCAACUGGAAAACUUUCCAAGUGGAAACAGCUGUGAAGCCUUCACGGCCACAGUCCUUUAGGAAGCUUGUGGUGAUGGAAGAUGAGCAAUUCUGUAAGUGUGAGGAGUGUGGGGACCUAAUGGAUGCUGACAGAUGGACGUUUCCUUAGCCGUGGCUUCCCAUGACUUGCCUGUGCUCUUGUAAAUACCCCAAAUUAAACUCAGUGAUUCCUCAAGCCACACUAGGGUAGAAUCAUUCUUGGUCCCUGUCCUUGAUGCACAGUCUGGGAUGAACAGACCUUCAGAAAUGUCUUCAGGCUUUUAAAGCUGUGCUGUGUUUACAUCAGUGUGAAACACCGAGAAGGAGGGGAGGCUGUGGCUUAAAGUGCUGUGCUUCUCUCUGGGUGGGUGCUUCAGUUGUCAAUUUGAUGCAGUCGGUGUCACCUGGGAAAGGAGUCUCAAUACUGACCUCUCUAGGUUAGGUUCGCCUUGACAUGGCUGAGAGGGAUUUUCUUCCUAGGGUUAAUUGAGGUAGUAACACCCACCCUGAAUGCUGUCAACACUGUUUUAUGGACUGAAUAAAAAGAACUGAAGCAGCUGAA